AUGCGUCACUAUAGGAUGAUCGCACGACUCUCCUCAACCAUCGACUCACUCACCAGCGUCAACCGUAUGGCUGCCUUCUGCCCUUGCACCUCGCCACCGGCUGUAGCUCGCGCCGUCCUCCGUCGUCAGCCCGUCGUCCCAUCGGCGACCGCAACCGGACACCCACAUGGCCGGGUAACGAGUGAGGCCCGUGUAUCCGGCGCAUCCAGCACGACGGAGAACACAGAGAAGGCGUCUGCCCAUCUGAAUGUGCGUUCCUCAAUAUUCGCUGUGAUCGUCGGGUUGGAUGGCAGCCAGGACGACUUGCUCGCGAUGCGGAAGCUCGCUGCUCAGCACGUGCGACGUUGGCGAGCUCGACCUGAGCUUGAGGCGAGGUGGUUCGGGCUGGUGCGGAGGAUGGUUCUGGGUGAUGGUCGUCGGACUGGGAAGAGGGGGUUGUAG